AUGGCCCCCAAGAAGGUUCUCGUUGUUCUCACCUCCGUCGACAAGACCGAGAAGAACGGCAAGCCCAUUGGCUGGUACCUGCCCGAGCUUGCCCACCCCUACGAUGUCCUCAAGGAGGCUGGCGUCGAGAUGACUUUCGCCUCCCCCAAGGGUGGCGUUGCUCCCCUCGACCAGGCUUCCGUUCAGAUGUUCGCCAACGACCCCUCUUCCAAGAACUUCCUCGAGAACCACAAGGAAACCUGGGAGAACACCCAGCCUCUCUCCAAGUUUGUCGGCCGUGCCUCCGAGUUCGACGCCGUCUUCUACCCCGGUGGCCACGGCCCCAUGUACGACCUCGCCUUUGACGAGGACAACAUGAAGCUCAUCGCCGAGUUCGCCGCUCAGAACAAGCCCGUCUCCGCCGUCUGCCACGGCCCUGGCGCCAUUGUCAACGCCAAGACCAACGACGGCGAGUACCUCGUCAAGGGCCGCAACGUCACCGGCUUCUCCAACACCGAGGAGGACCAGGCUGGCUACACUGACGAGAUGAACUUCUUGCUCGAGGACCGCCUGAAGGAGGUCGGCGGCAAGUACUCCAAGGCCGACGCUCCUUGGGGUGAGAAGGUCGUUGUUGACGGCAUCGUCAUCACCGGCCAGAACCCUGCUUCUGCCAAGGCCGUUGGUGAGGCCAUUGUCAAGGCUCUUGGUCUGUAA